AACGCCUGUGUCUAAGUUGACAAAGAAGUUGACUUUCUCAAAUUACAGUUAUUUGCUCAUCUGACUCAUUCAUCCAGUUAAAAUAACACUAAAUCCUGUGACAUCUACAGUAGAGCUUUUUUGAUCAUUGGAAUCCGAUAUUCAUUGCCUUUAUAAACAAGAACUAUGUCAAUGUUCUUGUGAGUAUCCUAGAUCAGCAUAUGGAACAUACAUAUUUCAAGUCUGACUAUGCAACCAGAGCUUGAUACUAUAACUGCUCUUUUCCAGUUAUUUAUUUGUCUUCAGUCUUUUGCAAACCACAGUUGCAUACCUUCUGAAAAACAUGAAUGCUCCUGUGGAAGAACACCUGGAAUUGCUGAUGCAAGUUUAAGAAGAGGCAUCAGCACUGUAAGAUGGCUAUGCUACACUUGUCACUCCAUGGAAAGCCUGCUCAGUGUUUUACAGUGCCAUGUGUGCUCUGUUACAUGACAGACACCUGCACUCAACCACCAGAACAUCUACAAAAACAUGCAGAUGCUGAGAGAGAUGGCUGAAGAAGUUGAAGAAAGUAGAGGUCAUCUGGUGUGGAGCUUCUAGAUAUCACCUGCUGGCUGCAGAGUGGGUCGAUCCAGCUUCCUUCUGGAGCCUGAGCAAAUCACUUGAGGAAGAUCUUGCUUUCUGCUGCGUCCUAAAGACAACAUGGAAGGCGAGAGCAUCUGUGAGGUUGAUUCUGGAGAUGGACUUGGAGCUGAUAUUAUUUCUACAGUUGAGUUCAACCACACUGGAGAAUUGCUGGCUACUGGUGACAAGGGGGGUCGGGUUGUUAUAUUCCAAAGGGAACCUGAGAGUAAAAAUGAGCCUUACAAUCAGGGGGAGUACAAUGUUUACAGCACUUUCCAGAGCCAUGAACCUGAAUUUGAUUAUUUGAAGAGCUUGGAGAUAGAAGAAAAAAUAAACAAGAUCAAGUGGUUACCACAACAAAAUGCAGCUCACUCACUUUUAUCAACAAAUGAUAAAACAAUCAAGUUAUGGAAAAUUACUGAAAGAGAUAAGAGACCAGAGGGGUACAACUUAAAAGAUGAAGAAGGGAAACUUAAAGAUCUUUCUACAGUAACAUCACUGCAGGUGCCUGUAUUGAAACCUAUGGAUUUGAUGGUAGAAGUCACUCCCCGGAGAAUCUUUGCUAAUGGUCACACCUAUCAUGUCAACUCAAUAUCCGUCAACAGUGACUGUGAGACAUAUAUGUCAGCGGAUGAUCUCAGGAUUAACCUCUGGCAUUUAGCAAUCACAGAUAGGAGCUUCAACAUUGUAGAUAUAAAGCCAGCCAAUAUGGAGGACCUGACGGAAGUGAUUACAGCCUCUGAGUUCCAUCCCCAUCACUGCAAUCUCUUUGUCUACAGCAGCAGCAAAGGAUCCCUGAGACUCUGUGACAUGAGGGCAUCGGCUCUCUGUGACAAACAUUCCAAGCUUUAUGAAGAACCAGAAGAUCCCAGUAACAGAUCAUUCUUUUCAGAAAUAAUCUCUUCAGUGUCAGAUGUCAAAUUCAGUCAUAGUGGUAGAUACAUGCUAACGAGAGAUUACCUCACUGUCAAAGUUUGGGAUCUGAACAUGGAAACGAAGCCCGUAGAAACAUACCAGGUCCAUGAUUACCUUAGGAGCAAGUUGUGUUCCCUCUAUGAAAAUGACUGCAUCUUUGACAAGUUUGAAUGUGCAUGGAAUGGAUCAGACAGUGUGAUAAUGACCGGUGCAUAUAACAACUUCUUCCGAAUGUUUGACCGGAACACCAAGAGGGAUGUGACCUUGGAGGCAUCCCGAGAGAGCAGCAAACCACGAGCUAUUCUCAAGCCCCGGAGGGUCUGCGUCGGAGGCAAAAGGAGGAAAGAUGACAUCAGUGUUGACAGUUUGGACUUUACUAAGAAGAUCUUGCACACAGCAUGGCACCCAACCGAGAACAUCAUUGCUAUAGCAGCGACAAACAAUCUGUACAUAUUUCAGGAUAAAGUGAACUCAGAAAUGCACUAGAUUUAUCAAUAUCCCUCUAUAUUUACAAACCAGCCUCUUGAGAGUUGUAGAAGGAUGUGAUCUUCACAAAAAAUUGUGGCUUCUGUGGUGGGAUUUGUAGGUUGCAUCCUUUCAUCCCUCAGCCUGUAUCUUUAUUGAUGGCAAGCCAACUACUUCUAAUUUUCCAUCACUGCAACUGUAUGAGUAAAAGGCACGACUGCAAAUCCA